AUGGAAGAUACCACCACGACCCCUUCGACACAGUACCAACAAGACAACAAUGAAGUGACAAUACCCUCGCGCUGGUUGGAAUUGGCUCGCCAAACACCCAUGGCCGGACCUGGUGCGUUUGUGGGUGUGCCAGGUGCCUACAGUGCCGCGCCAGGACCCCAAGUCGCACCGAAUGACCAACUGAGCUAUGAAUUGUUGCAACGCCAGCAGCAGAGCGCACUUCCUCCUCGCCUGUCCAGUCGUAGUAUUGGCAACGACGACUCGGGUUUGCUGGAAGCCCGGAAAGUUGUGGAUGAAUCCGCAACCAGAGAACGUGAAGAAGCGGAACCCGUUGAUGAGGAGGAAGCCCGACGCCGGUCUUCGGCUCGACGUGCCCAAGGGGAUCGAAAAAUUGAUCGCGGUGCUACGGUGGACAGCGACGCCAAAAGCAUUGAAACGAUUUCGCCCACGCAGGAUCUUCUUGCCCUCCUGGAUCCUCCCGACUACACGGUGUCGACCCUCAUGAAGGACGAGAAUUCAACUCAGGCCAAAGCCUAUGAGUGGUUGUUGGAAGAUCAAAUGUUGGGAGGCAACUACACUCAAGAACGUCUACGACAACGCUUUGCCUUGGCAACAUUCUUCUAUGCUACCAAUGGUUUGGGAUGGAAUCAGACAGAUAGAUGGCUAUCCCACGAACGUCACGAAUGUGAAUGGAUGUCUUUGAACUUGCAGCCAGUGCUGACAGAUCAUUUUCUGUAUGACUUCCCAACAGUUGAUGUAUGCGACAGGAAUGACAACAUUCAGAUCCUAGCACAGCAGGAAAACGAGCUCCAAGGAACAAUCCCACUUGAACUCUUUUGGGGCUUGCCAUCGCUUCAGCGGCUGCACUUGGAGAGUAAUCCAGGCCUGGUGGGAACCAUCCCAACCGAGAUUGGGAUGUUGUCUAACCUCCAGGAACUGGCGUUAAUUUGGUCUUCAUUCACCAGGACAAUCCCAGUACAAGUCUUCCAGCUUCCGUCGCUCAAGACUCUUGUGUUGGGUGCAUUGGCGAAAUAUGGAGAGCACAAGUUCAUCACCGGUACUCUACCAGCAACAGCGAUUGGUGGCAUGACAUGUGAGUUGUGA